CAAUGCCGAUCGAUCACCUUAUUUUAUGAUCUCACAAUCUAUCAUUUCCUUUGUCUUUAUCGAUCUUGCUUCUUUGAUCUGCAUCUCUCUCACACACACAGAGAUCAGCAGCUUAGAGCUCGUACAAUUUAGCAGCCAAGAUUUAUUAACUACAGACUCAUACUAUAAACAAAUAUGGCACCCAUGAGUCUUCCUCCUGGAUUCAGAUUUCAUCCAACAGAUGAGGAGCUUGUAGCUUAUUAUCUUGAUCGUAAAAUCUCCGGCCAUCCUAUAGAGCUUGAAAUCAUCCCCGAAGUUGAUCUUUACAAAUGUGAACCCUGGGAUUUACCAGAAAAGUCUUACUUACCUAGCAAAGACAUGGAAUGGUACUUCUAUAGCCCAAAGGAUAGGAAAUAUCCCAACGGGUCCAGAACAAACCGGGCAACCCGAGCCGGAUACUGGAAAGCAACAGGGAAAGAUAGGUCGGUGCAGUCACAUAAAGUCCCGGUGGGGAUGAAGAAAACUCUGGUUUAUUAUAAAGGAAGGGCACCUCAUGGUAUUAGAACUAAUUGGGUUAUGCAUGAGUAUCGCCUCACUCAAUCCCUUUACGGCGAAAGCUCUUCUAAUGCCCCAUCUUUGAAGGAUUCUUAUGCAUUAUGUCGAGUUUUCAAGAAGGCAUUACACAUGCCUAAAAGUGCUAAAGACGACCAGAUGAGUAUUGAAAUAACAGCAGGAGUCUCCGAAACAGGCGAUGAUCAGAUGAAUGAGCAGGAUGAUUCAAAAUUACAACCCUCCGAUGCUUCUUCUUCAGAUCUCACCGAAGGCACACCUGUUGAACCGGCUAUCGUAACUGAUUGCGUACAACCUCCUUCAUUCUCCGAGACUGAAGCUAACAGUACCGCUAUCAAUUACUGUCCAUCAACACCUAAAUUUUACCAGGGUCCGCAAAUAUCGAAUUAUAUGAGCAUGCAGUACGAAGAAACAUGUUACACGCCUCUGGCGCUAGAAGAUUUCCCACAAAUCGAUAUAUCCGGAGAGCCCAAGUCGUCGAUAAAAGCACCUGGAGAUGAAGCACUGGAUGAUCCCUUCAUGUAUGUAUACGCGAGUGGGACGAUGAUGCUUGAGGAGAUCAUGUCCUUGUGUUCUGCUCAAGACAACUCCAUUGUUAAUUGAUUACUUAUAAAAUUAUUAUUUGUGAAAAAUUUACGAAAAAAUAUUGUUUUAUAGAUUAAUAUAACAUCGGUUUUUCUAUGGUGUGCCCAUGGGCACACACUAAGCACCAAAUUUUAUGAAUUUGGAUGGUUUCUAUUGGCUCACUUUCUUUAAUAAUGGUGGACCCCCCUGCAAUCACAACAACCACACCAAUCAAAACCUUCCAAUUUUAUAAAUGUUUGUGCUUAGCAUGUGCCCAUGGGCACACACUAGACAAACCCAUAUAACAUAUAUACAUCACAUAUCAUUGAGGGAUGAUUUGAAGUUGAUGAUUCUAAGCUACAAAUACUGCUGCAGUUCUUCGUCUAUUUUACUAUUGGAUCCAGCAAGGUCGAUGAUCUCACGGCGUUUGUAUCAAUCACAUUGUAUUUUGUUUUUUAAAUAUUGGCAAAACGAAUGGAUUUGUGGGGAAACUAUAAUUGGAAUAUCAUUAAGACAGUGUUAAUUUUAUGAUGCU